UUUUUCCUGCUACUCAUGAUUCAAGUUAUUGUCUCGAACACUACAUUGCUGCGGCAAUUACUUGUGACCAAAGUUACAUUUAUCAAUGCUUCAUCACUCAGCGAUCUCACAUGGAAACAGAUUGUAACAGUGGAUGAUGGAUAGUGUUUUCUUUUAUUGCUGGUAACCGAUUCAGGGUGUUCCCCACCUACUACCCAGAUUUAUUUGGAAUACGCUCCAGCACCCCCGCGACGCUCCUUGCUGUUAAGCGGCUCGAAAGACGUAUGAAUGAAUGUUACAGUUGUGAAAGUGCCUGAAGGUAUGAUAAAACUCCAGAGGUUUUAGUUUUUCAAAGGGACAUUAAUUGAUUUUAUUUGUUGGCUUCAAAUCAACAAACUUUUUUGAAGUAUCGUUUUGAUUUUGUUUUUCAAGGAAUCACGUUUGAUAAGUGCUCAGAAGGAAUAGUUAUGACUUGCCGUGUGGAAGUAAAAUUGCUGGAUUUGUGCAAGCUUUUAAGAAGAGGAAAAUUUAAUCUGCACUUUUUAAUGGAUUACACUGAACUAUAUUCAUAUGUGUAAUUGAAAUUAAAAUUUGGAAAAACUAAAUCAGGAUGUCUUUGGGAUGACUUAUGUGUGAAAUUAUGAACAGAUUAUUUUACCAUUUUACAUGUUAUUUUGGUGUUUUGGAGUGACACUGAUGGUUUGGUAAACUUGUUAGCAUGUUCUUUAUGCUAUAGUUAUCUGAAUAACUCUUAAUCAUGGAAAAUGAAUGAAUGAAUGAAUGAACUAUGUUACGUUAACAUACCCGCCAUGUUUGCAUUUCGUUGUUCAUGCAUCAUGUAACAUUAUCAUACUGUACACUUAUUCAACAUGUUGUUCUCUAUCAUAUUUUUAUCUUAAAUUGCCUUUCAAGAUGACAUAUCUGUUCUAUGUGUUGUAUUUUAUCAAGUAAAUUUCCCUCCAAAAUGCGACUUAAACUCCAGUGCGACUUAUAUAUGUUUUUUUCCUCGUCAUUGGGCAUUUUAUGGCUCGUGCGACUUAUACUCAAGUGCGACUUGUAGUCCGAAAAAUACGGUAACAAGAUUUGCACCUUCAUAGAGAACCAUUUUAUACAUUUAUACAUUUUCCGUUGAAUAAUGGCCAGGGUGUUGAUUUACUUGACUGCAUUAAGCAUGAGGCAUUUAACUAAGUAUAAUGCAAUAUUUCUCAAUAAAUGCAUUGUGUAAUGUUGUGUAUUAUAUUAUUUCUAAAUCUAAUAUCUGAUAAAUGCAGAUCCUCAUGAUAUCGGUUUCCUCAACAUAUUUUUUUUUUAAUUGUGCUAACAAAUUGUUUUACAUAGGUCCGCGUAUUAACGUUUUCACAUGCUGUAUUUUAGGGAGUCCCUGAUAGAUAGCUGUUCAUCUUUAUCAUGAGGCGCUUGUAAAUCCAUCAUUAUAAUUGGAAAAAUGAAGCUGGCCUACAUGGGUGUCACCUCAAAGCAGGAAGUGACCUCUUGUGAGAUGUAGAGGGAGCGCAGAAUGUAAAGUAACCUGAAUGCCGGUGAUGUCAACCCCUCCAUUCAUGAAGCACAUGAAUAAUUGAGCUUGCAGCAGGCUCGCUGUAGCAGCAGCCACAGGAAGAGGUGGAAUGCAACAAGCGAAAGAGAGAGAGACUGUCAUUCUCCUUCCAUAUAUGACGAACAGCAGAAAUCGCGAGAGAAGAGUCUCGCUCGGGUAUUCACGAAUGCUGCAAUCAAGCAGAUGAUCCGAGGGGAGGAAGAGCGAAGAAGAGAAAAAAUGAGGAUGAAACACAGCAGCUUGCCUGAUGGAGCCUAUCAGCCUUAAUUAGACAAAGAAGAGGAGAGGAAAGGAUAAAACGGGACAACACGACCUCCAGUGCAGCUUUCCUUUUUAUCUCACGCUGCCGCUGUGUCUUCUUCCUGUUCGAUUUUUCAUCCAUUUGUGCUGGCAUGAUUUGGCACCCAUCCUCCCACCUCUCCAGCAUCCCUCUUUUUAUCCUCUCCCCUCCUCCUUCUCUUCUCGUGCCUCAUUGCCACUGCAUGAAUGAAGCCGCUUGAAAAGGGAUAAUCAAGCGGCUUUCUACAUGGCUACGACCAGCACUGCCAGUAACUCAAACAAGAGCACUCCUGCUUGCUCACCAGUCCUGCGCAAACGCUCACGCUCACCCACACCACAGAGCCAGGAGGGUGACAACAUGGUGGAGAAGGGCUCGGACCACUCCUCAGACAAGUCCCCCUCCACGCCCGAGCAGGUUGUCCAGAGGACCUACUCACUGCAGUCGGCACGCAGCGGGGGAAAGAACUCAAAAUCUCACAAGCGACUUUCCAAAUAUGACAGACUAAACCUGAUUAAAAAGAGCCAAAGCUGGUACAACCAUGAAAGACAACACAUCAUGAGAGUGCUGAGCCCCACAUACAAGCAGCGCAAUGAGGACUUCAGGAAACUCUUUAAGCAGCUACCUGACACAGAGAGACUCAUUGUGGACUAUUCCUGUGCUCUGCAACGGGACAUCCUCCUACAGGGACGACUCUACCUCUCCGAGAACUGGAUCUGUUUCUAUAGCAACAUCUUUCGCUGGGAAACACUGCUGACUGUAAGGCUAAAGGACAUCUGCUCAAUGACGAAAGAAAAGACUGCCCGCCUCAUUCCCAAUGCCAUUCAGGUCUGCACUGACAAUGAGAAGCACUUUUUCACCUCUUUUGGAGCCAGAGACAGGACAUACAUGAUGAUGUUCAGACUAUGGCAGAACGCGCUGCUUGACAAGCCGCUUUGCCCCAAAGAACUGUGGCACUUUGUCCACCAGUGCUACGGCAAUGAACUCGGCCUGACUAGUGAUGACGAAGACUACGUUCCCCCUGAUGAUGAUUUUAACACCAUGGGGUUUAGUGAAGAGAUUCCAAAUGAGGAAAAUGAGAUGAACAAUGACAACUUGUCUAAAAGCAGUACUGAGGCCAAGCCUGAUGGGAGUCCACCUCUUCUUCAAAAGAAGGUCAUCCCAAACAGCACCAUCGAUCGCACGGGCAACAAUGAUACACCGAUCACAUUUGAACUCUCCACAGACGAUUUCACAGACUGCCAACCUGAUAGCGAGCUGCUAGCUUUGCCUCUGCUGGUGGAAGAGAAGAGCAAUGACCCCAGCAGGACUGGUGGUCCUGUCCCCUCGCCCUCACUCGACUUCAAUGACAACGAGGACCUCCCCACAGAACUCAGCGACUCUUCAGAGACACACGAUGAGGGUGAGGUUCAGGCCUUCCACGAGGAUCUCAAUGGGAGGCAGCACAUUAACGAGAUCUACAAGUUCAGCGUUGACAAGCUUUAUGACAUCCUCUUCACAGAGUCACAGUUCAUGAGCGACUUCAUGGAGCAACGGCGAUUUUCAGAUGUGGUUUACCACCCUUGGAAGAAAGAGGUGGCCGGGAACCAGACAAGGGAGAUCCUGUACACCAUCUCUCUGUCUAAUCCUCUUGCUCCCAAAACAGCCACAGUCACUGAGACACAGACUCUGUACAAAGCCAGUCAAGAGAGUGAGUGCUAUAUCAUUGACGCUGAGGUCAUCACACAUGACGUUCCCUACCACGACUACUUCUACACCCUCAACCGCUACACGCUCACCCGAGUGGCUAAGAACAAAUGUCGCUUACGAGUAUCAACAGAGCUGCGCUUCAGAAAGCAACCAUGGGGGCUGGUGAAAGGUUUCAUCGAAAAAAACUUCUGGAGCGGGCUGGAGGAGAACUUUCGCCAACUCGAGGUGGAGCUGUCCAAGCUAGAGGAGAUCCUGACUGAAGCCCACCAGCUCUCCCCGAAGGCUAAAUUAGUGAAAAACGCCACAGUGAGGCGAAAGAAGAGGCCUACCCCCCACAUGCGCAGCCAACAUCUGGAUGAAGCUCUCAGUCCUGUCACCACACCAACAGACGAGGAAGUGAUUCAGUGCAUCAAACAGGUGGCGGGCUCCACGCAGACCAGACAUCAGAGUCCGGAGCAUCGUCGCCUGCCUGGAGGCUUGGCAAUCUACAGUGUCUCCAAGCUGUUGCUCAUCAUCAGCUUUGUUCUUGUCCUGCUGGUGUUCCUCAAUAUGAUGCUAUUCUACAAGCUAUGGAUGCUGGAGUACUCUGCACAGUCUUUAACUACCUGGCAAGGUCUGCGGCUGCAUGAAAGUAAACUUCCUCAGACACAAAUGGAGUGGGCCCAGCUCCUGGAGGCACAACAGCGUUUCCAUGAUACCGAGCUGCAGAAGUGGCGUGAGAUUAUUAAAUCAUCCGUGGUCCUACUCGACCAGAUGAAAGACUCUUUAUUAAACCUCCAGCGCGGCAUCAGUUUGAGGGACUGCAGUUCAGAACCUGAUGACAAGAGGACUCAGUACCACUGACCUGCCACUACAAACAAGGCCAUGAGGGCAUGCUGUGCAAUAUUGGACUGCUUUUAUUUUUUUAUGAGCUGUAUGCAGGGAACAGGGAGAGAAAGCAUGAAGAGAUGGAGAUGGGCGUGGACGCUGACAGCAAUUGAGAAGAUGUGUCCAGCUCCACUGACUCCAUCCUACUGUAAGCCAUGUGUGUCAUACUUGGGAUCAGGCAGGGAGAACGAGUUCAUACUACUGCAUGUAUUCAGACAUCCUACAAGUCCAGUCAGUGUUCAUGUGGUUCCAGUUCCAAUCUGUGUGUAUCAAAAACAACUGGAAAAGGACAGACAGGGUUAAUUUGGAAAGUUGCAAGGCUUUCUACAGUUCCUCAACGCCCCCCUAGAGGUCCUCGCUGCAGUGUCUCUUUUAACGUAGGACACCCAGAUGCAGUUUGACCAUCAUGGGGUAACCUUGCAAAUCUGGUCUGAGUGGUCUUUGGCAGGGCUGGUUCCCUGUCAGACAGCCAAAAAUGAAGACGACACAAUCCUUUUUGUUUCUGCACUGUUAAUGAACCUUUCCCAGCCAAUGAUGGUCGAAUGUAAAAAUAGAAUGUAUGUUUUCACUUAGAAGGCUUUUGAUAAGGGACGCUGCAGCCAGACUUGUAGGGAGACAUCUUCUUACAUGUUUUAAUACUAAACUGUGACUAUAUCUCUUUAGAAGUGUUUCAAAUUAGAAAGAAUUCUAUGAAUUUAUUUGAAAUAUAUAAGAGUAUGUCAUUAUUUAAUAUAUAUUUCAAAAUAUAUGAGCAUUACCUAUAUUUAUUGUUAAUUAUGUACAUACGAAUUGAGAGCUCUAUGGCUGCUACAGAAUUUCUUUUUAAAAAAAAAAAAAAAAGUUUCUUCUUUGAAAAAAACGCAUGCCAGAUAUGUCUGUGACAUGUCCAGUGUGCAAGUACGCGUCUGCAUUUGUGCGAUUAUAUUCGCGCUCGUGUGUGUGUGUGUUGGCGUGUGUGUGCGGGUGUGUACGUGCAUGUGCGUAGAGUGUGACAUUUUUACCAUUCCACACACGUUUUUGUUUUUUUAAGUUUUUCCGUUCCUGCAGCCAGUCUGCCUUUAAAGAAAAACCGAAUGCAUUUGGAUGAAGCCUUGCAUUAGCCCCAACUAUACUAAAGUUUAAAAUAAAAAUGCAUGCAUUUUGAUCAAAUGUUUGGAAAACCGCGAUAAUCCAUUUGCUUCAACCAGUGGUGUGCUUCUGUGAAAAAAUACAUUGCUGAUUGAGCACCAGUCACUUAGUUAGGUCUAACACUUACAAUAUUUACUUUUUACCAAACUGGUGACAUUUGGUGACAUUUAGCAUUAAAUUUGAUGAAUACGUUUUGAAACAGUUGUUGCUAAGUAGGGUUCCUACUUAACACAAAUGAUUGUUCCCUAAAACCCAAUAAAUUUGAUGUGCGCUGGUGUUCAUGUUCACUAUGAUCUUUAUAAUAUGGGAGAAGAGUUUUCUCCCCACCCCAACAAAGACAAGGAGAGUUGGAAGUGAUCCACUUUGUCAGGCACUCAUUGUAGAUACAACUGACAAAACAGCAUUAUAGAGACUCUGACUUUAUUUAAUCCAGUGUGUAUACAGUACAAAGUGAAAAUGGCAAUGUUGAGACUUCAGUUGAAUUGAACAGGUCAUGAAUCAAGAUUAAUUUUUUUGUUCGCUUCCUUUUAUUGAUGUACACGUUAGCUUUGAAAGAAAAUCAUCGUUCUUGAUAUAUGUUGGAAUACUAGGGUCACUUGACACAAUAAGGCAAAGCUACAAAUUGUAGCAGAAGGCUAAACCACAAAACCAAAAUUAUAUGAAAGAAUGUUGCAAAAAAAUAUAUGCAAACAAACUCUAAGUGUAAUAAUACCAGAAAAAGACUUGAAGUACUUUGCGAAUAAACUUGUAUGGGGGAAAAACACGAAAUUUAUUUCAAUGUAAUUGUAGUAUAACAGGAAUACACUUGAAUGCUAUAGGGAAACAACUAUUUCUUAUAGUAAAGUUAUGAUGUUGAAAAAAAUUAAGUCGAAUAAUGAUGGAAUUGUCGGCGAAAAAAAUUAGAACAAAGUAUAAAAAGCAUGAACAUUAUAUGAAAUAUAUAUUUGCAGAAAUCCAAGCAUUACAUACAUGAAAAAGCCAAAAGCAUAUUUUUUAAAAAAUCAUAAUUAAGACUCAAAAUUAUAUUAGAUUUUUUUUUUUUUUUUUUUUUUUUUUUCGUUAAAGGAUAUGUUUUUUGCAAACCAAAUUACCACGUAAAUGUGGGUUGAUAAAGGAAACAAAUCCAAGUUAUUGAGGAAAAUUGCAAUGAUAAAGCCAAAAUUUUAUUUUAUUUGUGCAAGAAUUUUUGAUUACAGCUAAAUUAAAGCAUUUUUUCUUUAGGCCUGAAAUAUUAUGGAAGGCUUUAUUCUUACAUUUGUUUUAAUGGCCCCAAUACUCCUUUGUAGUAUUUAAUGACAUAUUUAAUGUAUUAUUCUUUUUUUUUUUUUCUCUUAAGCACUGCCACACUUGAGCAUAAUGCAAAAUGGCCACCAACGGCAACAUCACAUGUCACCAACGUCCCAAAGUGUCACACUCCCCAAGUCGAAGGACUCCAACUAUUUCAAGUAUUUGUUCGGGGUGCAUCAAAAGCAUGAGAAUGAAUUUAACCAAACGAAAGAAUUUUAUAGUCACGUUGUAUGUUUAAUGAAGUAUUAUUAUACUGUAUGUGUAGUCGACUGGCUUGGAGAGCAUGACUAGAAGAGAAAACCUUUAGCUGAUGAACUUCAGUCCUAACUGUAAGCACUUCCAAACCUACAAACUUCCUUAAGUUCAGUUCCAAUCAUUACUAUAAGGAAAAUAAGAGAAGCACUUUAUUCCAGUUUUGAUAACGUCACCAGUUAUGACAUCAUUUUCCAAACAUUUCUUUGCAUUUUGGUCUUGAUAAGAAUUACUUUCACUCCUCCCACCCCCAGAAUUCUAUUUAUGCAUUCUUCAAUGUAAGUGUUUUAUGUGCUUGUGAUGUAUAGGAAGGAAAAGGAAUCUUAACCGUGUAUGAGUAAAACGGAUGAACUCCUGCUGUGUGGGGGCUCACUUGAAAGUUCUUUUUGCUACAUGUUACACCGCUACAUGUUUUCAUAGAAAAUAUAUUAGAUUGAGAGAGAGAAACCACAAUGGCAAACUUUAUGACAUUGAAAGCUUGUAAAGAGAAUCUAUGCUUAAUUUCUACGAUGGUACAGAAUGUCGCAAAAAAAAAAAAUAUUUUUACCUUUCUGGAUGAGUUUUAGUUUUGGUUUUCAGAGACACUGAAUUGAUUAAGCUGCCAAGGUAGUUGAACUCUAAUUCUAUUGUACCACUCCUUUUUUCCUUUCAAUUUUUACAACAAAUCUCUUUUAGAUGACUCCAGCUAUACUAGUGAACAGUAUAGGUCACUGCGGCUGUGUUGUAUUAAAGAUUGUAUUGUCAGGGUAGCAGUGGAACACUUUAAUGGUAUUAAUUGCAUUAAUCAGCACAACUUUAAAAAAAUGUAAGGAAAGAAUUAUCGGGAACAUUUGUUUUAAGACCCAACCCAAAAUAGAGUAUAUAUAGAUUGCAUCGAAGACGGGCAAUGCUGCCAUUUAUGGAACUGUUUGCUGGUUUCAAUCAGAUUUUUUUUUUUAAAUGUCCUAUAUUAAAGCAACAGUGAAAAAGAAUUAUUUCCUACAUAAUGUUGUAUGUCUUUAAGGCACUCUGACAGUCGAAGUGUGCAUGAAGAAGCUUUUGAAUGUAUGAGUUUAAGGUUAACAUUGAAUCAGUGUCCUGGCUGGUCCACAAAUAUUCCAGAUCACUAAGACUAUUGGCGAUCGGUCAUCUCCAUGCCAAUAACUGCUACAAUAUUAUUUUAUCAUAAGCCAUUGUAAGAUUAAAAAAUUAACAGACAUUAGCGUCAUAGUGGUUUUCAGAACAUUCAAAGACGCAAAUGUUUGAAGGGCCCCUUUCCAAGAUUGUUAAAUAUUGUUGCUUUGAUAUGGGAAAUUACAACCUUCUAAAAAUGAUUACUGAUUGAGUCACAAUCAAAACAGUUUGACUUACUGUUUAGUUUUCUUUCUUUUUUUAGAAAAUGUUUUGAUCUUCUCCAAGGAGAAUUAAGCAACAUUUCUACUCAAGAUAAAUAUAUACUUUAAGUAUAUGUUGUGUUUGUGUGUAUAUCUGCACAAUGCGCACACACACAUAAUCUUGACAGAGGAAAUCCAACCUGCGCUGCGCGUGGGCUUUCUUUGAUUUGCAGAUUAUUUUUGUUCCUUUUGCCUCAUAGAGACUACAAGAGACAAAGUGGCUUUCUGGAUCUUGUGAAGUAGAGACUGAACAUAAGAAUAAAGAUAUUAUGAUGAUACAUUUGCUCUCUGUGUUGCCUUUUCUCUCUAUUGUAACAUAUGUGUAAUCUCGGGAGAGUUAAUACACUGCAUGAGUGGUGAGGAGGAAGUGGUGCAGCUAAAGUGAAAUAUUCAUCAAGUGCUGUACUUCCCGAUGGGAAGCACAAUGAAAAUACAGACUUUGAAAUAUUGAUAGCAAAAGCUUUUUUGGGGAGGGGUUGCUACUGUAGAGUGGCUCCCUAAAGGCCAUCUGUUAUAUCUCCACACUUUCAAUAAUCCUCUCAAUUUCUAGUCAAUGACCUCAUUAACGCUCAAAUUCUAAUCAUGGCUGGAAUUAAAUAUCUUCAGCUGUGCAUACAAGUAGAAUAUUUAUCAUAUUUGUGAUGUUAUUUUUUUUUCCGCUCUGAGACCCCCAAUUUGGCCAAAUUUCCAAAUUGC